GUAAAAUAGACAAUUGAAGCAAUAAUAACAAUACCCCAAAGUAAAAAUAGAAGUAUAUUUAAAAAAAAAAUCAGAUCCUCAAGCUUUAUUCUUUACUUAAUGAUUUUAUACCAAAGGAUACUUUGCUAAAGAUAAUAUUAUAAUAUCCUCGGAUAGGUGUUGUAAAGUUAUAAAUCUUAAUAUAAGCUUGAAAAGAACAAUAGUUUUCAGUUUUAUAUAUUUAAAUUGGAAUUAUUCAAGAUAUUAUAAUAAUUAGGAUAAUUAUUAAAGGUUAAUGGAAACAAAAAUAGCAUUUUGUGGCCUCAAUUAGGAUAACUGAGAAAUGGAUUAUUCUCAAUUCUAUAAAAAAUCCCUUAUAAAGAUAAAAUUGGUUUUUAUUUAUUAUCAUAAGAACACUUCAAGUAUUAAAACAUGAACAUACUGAGUCUUAAACAUAUUUGCUAUAAAUAAUUAAUGUUCAUUACUAUAUUUAACUUAUUUAAUAAAUGGAAAUUUAAUUUGUUUACUAAUAUUUAGAAUUAUAUAAUAAUUUUAAUACUAAAUUCUCACAAUUAAUAUAAUUAAAUAAAAUCUUUCUUACAUGCAUAUUUAUUCUAAUUUCUGAUAUUCCAGAAUUCAAUUUAGAUAAACACGAAAAUUAGCUGCAUGUGA